AUGCUUCGCCAGUCAUUCACCAAGGUUGCCGGGCCCGCUGUCAGGCUUUCAAACACUCGCGUUGCCUUCUCGACCUCAGCAGUUAGGAUGGCUGAGGGUGAUCUCGGAUCUACCCCAAAGACUGGUGGCGGAGACGCCUUCCAGAAGCGUGAGCGCGCCCAGGAGGACUACGCCAUCCGCCAGCGCGAGAAGGAAAAGCUCCUCGAGCUCCGGAAGAAGCUCGCUGAGCAGCAAGCCCACCUUACCAAGCUUGCUGAGCACAUCGACGAGAUGACCAAGCAGCAGGGAGGCGAGCAGAACUAA